AGUAGUCACAUUUUAGUUUUGUAAGUGUUUUGUGAUGCUAAUUGCAUCACAAUGAGAUUUAUUUCUUUACCUGAAAGAGAUCGCUAUUACAAACCUGUAGGUAACAGAAUGAUUGAAAGGAAAGCAUGCACAAAAUGAAAAGACAGUAGCAGAAAAGCAGAUCAGGAAAAAAUUUUAAUAGAAAAGCAGUCGUUGUUUUUUGGAUGUUCAAAUAAGCCAGCUAAUUAACCUCUGCACAGACAGGGCAAAAAGGCUAUUUAAAAAGCAUGUGCAAUAAUGAAAGCUAAAGAAAGGCAAUAUAAAACAAAUCUCAACAGAAAUGAGAGACGAAUUCAUAUUCCUCAAAGUGCUCUCCACAGAUCCUGAAAGUGCCUGCUGCUGACAAUGAAUGAAAUAAAGGGGAGGAGAGAAAAACAGAAAGAGGUGCUGUCUUACCAGCCGAUGGAGCUUAUCACUCCACUCCCUUCAUGACGCUGACAACUCAUAAGCCUAUAAAACGUGCCUCAGAUCUCAGUCCCAUUCUCCUUCAGCAAAACCAAAAGCAAGAGGUGGCUGCACAGAGGAGGAAUGAGACUCUUUAUCCAGAGAUGGCUCUUUUGAUUCAGCUAGUACAGCAUUUCUAACUGUUUGAACAGCACAGCCAAAGCUUUCUCUGACAGCUCUCUCCUUCCCAGUCCUUGCUGUGCUGCCUAACUUCCUUUUUUCCUUCUUUCCUCUUCUUAUCUUUUUGGGGGGAUUCUGAAGGAUAGGGCAGUGGGAGGUGGGAGAGAUAUUCUCUGAAGAAAGGAGAGCAACAUCCAAGAUGAAUUCUGUCCCCACAGCCAACUGGAAUGCAAGCAUGAGCAGCAGGUGGAACAUGAGCCUUGCUGCAGCAGGAGACCCCUGGGGACAGGCGCUGGAAGUCCCAGCUGGAAAUGCUUCUAUCCCUGUUGCAGCCAACUUCUCCAACCAGUUUGUGCAGCCCUCCUGGCGCAUCGCUUUGUGGUCUCUGGCAUAUGGUGGUGUGGUGGCAGUGGAUUUUGGAAAUCUCAUUGUCAUCUGGAUCAUCCUGGCUCAUAAGCGCAUGAGGACCGUGACCAAUUACUUCCUGGUGAAUCUGGCCUUCUCUGAUGCCUCCAUGGCUGCUUUCAAUACUGUCAUCAACUUCAUCUAUGCACUGCACAGCGAGUGGUAUUUUGGAGAGGCUUACUGCCGUUUCCACAACUUCUUCCCCAUCACAGCUGUCUUCGCCAGCAUCUACUCCAUGACAGCAAUUGCUGUGGACAGGUACAUGGCCAUUAUUGAUCCCUUGAAACCAAGGCUCUCUGCAACUGCUACCAAGGUGGUCAUUGGGAGCAUAUGGAUUUUGGCUUUCCUGUUGGCCUUUCCCCAGUGCCUCUACUCUAUAACAAAGGUGAUGCCUGGGAGAACUCUGUGCUAUGUAGCAUGGCCAGGCGGUCCAAAACAGCAUUUUAUGUAUCAUGUCAUUGUGAUUGUGCUGGUCUACUGUUUUCCACUGCUUGUCAUGGGCAUCACUUAUUCUGUAGUGGGAAUUACCCUCUGGGGAGGAGAAAUACCAGGUGACACAUCGGACAAAUACCAUGAGCAGCUCAAAGCUAAGAGAAAGAACAUGUGUGUCAAGGACCUACCCAGUUAA